AUGGAUGAUAUGAAUAAUAAUUCUACUCAUGAAGAAGAAAAAAUUGAAGAAAUCAUAAGUGCAUUAUUAACGGAUAUGAUUGAUCAAGUUAUGUUGAUGCGUAAAGAGCAUCUUAAAAAGCUGAACAUAGAACGUGUACGUCGAUAUCGACAAAGAAAACAACAUGCGAAUAAAUCAGAAUAUAUGCGUAAAGUACGAGAACAAAAACGAAAACAUCGAGAAGCAUAUCGACAAAAAAUGACUUCAUAA